AUGAGGGGUAUUACAAGACCCACAAAGGCAAAGAUUGCCAAUCCUUCGACACAAGAAGAAGAAGAAGUUGCUAAAACUGAUCCUGUUUCUCCUACUUUCCAAAAAGUUCAAACUGAAACUUCAGCAGAACGAAACUCUUCCGCAUUGGUAGUGGGAAAUGAAAGCCCUGGGGAUCGACCAAAUGUUCAGCUCUUUACGGGCAUGAAGGAAGACGUAGCAGCUCGUAUUCCCUUGUACUGUGACGACUGGAAGCGUCCUAAGAAUCUCUUUACCACUGAAGGAAGCUUGGCCGUCUAUGAAGCCUUGCUCAUUGGCAGAAUCAUUGGUGAGGUUUAUGCUCUGUUGAGGGGACAUUUUUUGUUGGUCAAAUCAGACAAGCCCGCAGUGAAGAGCGGGCAGCCGCAUACUCCUCACUACAGAAUGAGAACUGUAUUUGCGGUCUAUAACAUGGCGAUUGCCAUCAUUGUCAUGUCAGUACUCAGCUUCCUUCCUGGAGUGGCACAAGACACAGAUUUGCUUCAUGGUAUCAAGCGGGUAGAGACUCGUUGCAUCCCAUGGGAUUGGAGACCUACUACAGAAACGGGAACGGAAGCACGUCCUUGGGUCACAUACCCGUUGGAUGGCAUUGAGGUCAAGGGGAUCUUUGGAGCACUAUUUCCUGCCUUCAUGCUUUAUCUACUAUUCUUUAUUGACCACAGCAUUCUUACCCAGGCUCCAACAUACAAACUCAGGAAGCCACCUGCCAACCAUUGGGACUCUUUUGUGCUAGGUUUGACCAUCAUCCAUUAG